AUGAAACUCGGGCAGAAAUUACAAGAGUUUAUAUAUUCACUUAGUACUAGUGACAAGUACUCAGAAUAUGACUCAAGAAAAUCAUUCAACAGAGUCAAUAAACCGGAUUCCCAAAAUUUGUUAGGACAUCAUCACAAUAAUUCAUCCUUGGAAUUAGUAUCGAAUAUUAAUGAAGAUAGUAAUAAUUUACAAGGUGUACACGAGGUUAAUUUGGCUUGGAGACAUAUAAAGAACUGGUUAUCUAAAUAUUCGUCAGAUAUAAACCAAUCAUUACAAAGCAAAUGCACUGAUGCUGAUUUACAAGAUUUUCAGAAAGAUUUGAAUAUAAAAUUACCAAAUUGUGUAUCACAAUAUUUCAAAUUAGUCGAUGGACAAUAUGCUGAUUAUGAAUCUUCCGGAUUGAUAUUUGGAUUGAAACUAAUGUCAUUGGAUGAAAUUACUAUCGCUGCAGAUAAUUGGAGAAAAGUAGCUGCUUACCUUAAUCAACAAUUGCGUGAGAAUUUUCAAAGUGAAAUGUCAAAAUUGCCAACUUCUCAUACAAGUACAAAUCAAUAUACCAAGAAAUUAAGUGGUGUUAGUGGUGCAAGUGGUUCAACUUCUGGUGGCACCCUUCAUCGUAACUUUAGCAGUGAGGUGUCUUCGGCUAGAACUUCGUUUGAUUUGUCGGUUACCUCGCUAUCAACAAUGGAAACUGCGUCUAGUAAUAGGCAUGCCAAUUAUAUGCCAAAACAAAGAUCUAUUCCCCCAAACACGAUCCAUGAAACCUUAGCACACCCAAUGUGGAUUCCAUUGGUUACAGAUGAAGUGGGGAACUAUAUUGGAAUCGAUUUAUCACCUGCUUCAGAAGGUAAAUAUGGUCAAGUAAUACUUUUUGGAAGAGAUUUUGAUUUCAAAUAUAAAGUAUCUGAUUCCUGGGGUGAUUUUCUUUUGAUUUUUGCUAAUGACUUGGAGUUGGGAAAUUGGGAUAUUAAAGAGAAUGUCAAGAAUAAUGAUGGUGAUUUAUUUAUUGGUACUGAAGGAGAAUUAGUAUUUAUUGACAAGAACAAUGGUGGAUUGGAAAUACCGUAUUUGGAAAUGUUGAAAAGAAGAAGUAUGAAACAUUGGUUGGAUUCUUUGGAGAGCUCAACAGAUUCAAAUGCACAACAACUCCUUGAAGAAUUAAAGAAUAAUGAAGUAUCGAUAUUGACUUUGAAUAGCAAGAGAUUCCAAUCGAUAGAUGCAUUUAUCAAUGAUAAUUUAACCCUCAUUGAUGGUGUCAAGGAUGCUCCAAAACCAGUGAAAACACAGAUUACACAACCAACUAAAGUUAAUCAUCAUCCACCACAAUCACAACCGGUGCAUAGAGCUGCAAUGAAGAGCCCGUUGUCACAUGAAGUUACGGAAGCAAUAUCAGACGAUGAGCCCGUGGAACAGGAUAUAGAUAAGACUUUAGAAGAUAUAGAUUUAAAAUAG